AGUGUGCCCUUAACCUGAAAGACGUAAGGGUGAAAAACGUCAAAAAUCCAAAAAAUGUAAAAAAUGGAUGAACUGCAACUGUCCGAAACGUUCCAGCGCUAUUUCUCGGAUAUAUUUUUGUGUUGCGACGAAGAUAAGUCGGGAAAAGCAAGCCUGUAUCGUACCACCGAACUAGUCAAGUCGGGAAAUAUUCCAGAUGAUAUUAUUGCCCAGAUUGCGGAAAUAUGCUGGAUACCAGGCACCAGCUACUUGAACAAGAAGCAAUUCUUUUCCGCCUUGAAGCUGGUCGCAGCCUAUCAGGCCAACCUGCCCAUUCGCAAUGAUCUGAUCACCAGCAAGCUGGAGAUACCGUUACCCAGAUUCACUUGGGGAAAUUUAGAGUCUGAGUCGCCGGUGGCUGAUCUCAUUGAGCUGAGAAACGACGUGGAAUAUCACACUGAUUCCAUCAGCACUGACUCUGAAGCAGAGAGUGAAACAGUGCGACUCUCGCCUGAUGUUUCCAGUCCUGCUUCGGAUAGUCCGACGCCAACGAAUAGUGUGCAGGACAGAAACUGGGCCUGGCAGGGCCUGGUGUCCGAGGAACAAAGACAACUUCUAGGUAAAGGAAAUCGAUGUGAACAGGUACUGUUUAAUCCGCUGUUUCUUCUAGAAGAAGAGUCAUCGGAUAAGCACAGCAGUGACGAUGACACAGAGGUAUCAACGGAGGUCUGGACGAUUAAUUCCGAACAAAGGGACUACUAUACUAAGCAGUUUCAAAAGCUGCAAGAGAACACGAGCGCCUUACUGCCUGGACACAUAGCUAGACCGUUUUUUGAAAGAUCUCAAUUGCCGGUUCUGGAACUAAGAAAGAUAUGGCAGCUCGCUGAUGUGACUAAAGACGGAUCAUUAUCGCUUCAGGAGUUCUUGACGGCCAUGCAUUUGGUGGUGCUCCGAAAGCACAAAAUCCCCAUUCCUGAUGCAUUGCCAGCCAGUUUGGUCCCCAAAGUGGAAAACCCUCGGCCGCCCAGUCCAGACGUCGAUCUCGUUCCUGCGGCUUUGUCGCAGCGAAAGGAGGCAGUCAAAGAAUGGACCAAAUUCGUGGACAGUCCCACUAGUUCGACAGUUUCGUCGCCAGGCAUAAAGCCGGUUAACUUCGACUUUCAAAUCGACCAGAACGAUCCCGAUCUUCGCCAUCCGGUGCCUAGAAGAUUAACGCCGGAAAUGGUAGCAGCGACUGCUGCCCAAAACGAGGACGUGCCCGAUGCCAUUGACCUGAACGGCCCCAAGAGGACAGAAGGGAACCAUUUGCAGGUUCAACUGUCUGUCCAACAAAACAGUGCCAUUCAACGGCCGCAGCCCAAAAAAAUCAACCCUCGAGGACUGGGGGCCAUUCCGCCGCCCCCAGAAGAAGGUGGGCCAGUUAGUCUGCCUGCUUUUCCGGCUCCCAAAAAGGAAAAACCGCCGCCGCCUCCUCCCAGGCCCUUUAAAACACACGGCCGAAGUUCCUCGUUGGAUUUGAACAAGCUGUCCAAAACCAAUCCGCCACCGGUGGUGCCGCCGCGCGUUAGUCCCAACAGCACGCCGAAGAAGUUGCUCAAUCAGCGCUCUGAAGGCGAUGGAGUUCAGUUGGAGGACAAGGCCACUUUUGCCAACAUCCGCAAGUUUGAACAAUACGAAAAUGUUCCAGAUGAUUCAAUAUUUCCCGGUGAUGUUUAUGAAGCCGAGAGGAAAAAGCUGCUGGCUAAACUGUUCGCGCAGGCCACAUCUGAGGAUGUUCCGAAGAAGCAUGGCGCCUUCGAAGUGUACAGGAAGCCGGGAAAAUCUUCUUCCGGUGAUAAGUCGCCUUUAGACGCUCUCGAGGAGGAGCAGUGGGAAGAGUUCGAGCGGCUUCAGAUCGAAAAUACUGCCCUUUUGCGAACGUGUCAGGAACUGAGCCAAGAAUUAGCGGAUAUCAAGGAGGAAAAGAUGCGAUUGAGGGUGAAACUAGAGAAACUCCAGGCGGUGCAAAAUGGAGACUAAGCCAGGUAACGUAGAUCGGUUGUUAUAGAUUGUAAGAAAGGUAAUGUUGGCAACAGCAAACCAGCAAAAAGGAGAUUCAAGUAUUAAAAAUCAUUGCUGUUCCCAACAUUAGGUUUGAGGUAUUUGGAUUAUUUUCGUCAAUUAUUCAUUUUUGCCUUUCGCGCCCUUCUGGUUCCCACCUAUGAAAGUUAAGUCAGUAAUUGAACAGUCAAGAAACUAACACGCGCUUGACUAUUUUUCUCCAACUUAAACUGCAUAGAAAAGUGUUUUAAAUUGAGUAGUUGAAGUUUAUGACAAAAUUUUAAUGCAAAGCGUAAUAUUGCGUCUCAAAUAUGUUUCUAAAGGAAUCGUUAAAAAAAUUAUGUGAUACAUAGGUAUAUCUAUAUAAUAUAGGAUUCUCAUUUAAUUUUUCUAAGAUGUGUAUAUUAUUAUCACCACUUUUGCGUUUCUGCGAAUAUUGAAGGUUUUGUUGAAAUUGUUGCUGUAUGUAUACAAGUAUUAUUUUUUGCUUUUGCAUAUAUUUAUAGUUUUGUAAGCAAACGUAAAUUCAAAGUUCACACUGGAACAAAAACAAGCAAUUUUCAGCCAAAAAUUGAUCCAUCUAAGGACAGCGUUUUUGUUUUUUAUAUCUGACCAAUUUUUAUUACAUACUAUGUAAAAGCUGUAGUUAAUUUUCUAUUUGUUUAUUGUUUAGAAAUUGAUCUAGGUUCUAUCUAGACUACUUAUAGACCCUGUAUUUUAAAUUCGAAUAAAAUAACGUUAAACCUA